AUGAACGGUGCUGCUAAAGCUGUCAUGACUGCUCUCCCUGAUAUAUUUAUUGCAUACGGAGACAGUGACGAGUACUCAUUUGUGCUAGAUAAAGACUGUCAAUUAUUUGAGAGACGUGAAAGCAAACUUGUAUCCACUGUUGUCAGCACUUUUACUGCUCACUACAUAAGCUUAUGGGACGAGUUUUUCCCAGGACGCAAACUGGAACUUAAUCAUCUGCCUACUUUUGACGGUCGUGCCGUGGUAUAUCCAUCCAAGACCAUUGUCAGGGACUACUUAGCAUGGCGACAAGCCGACUGCCAUAUCAACAACCUCUACAACACAACAUUCUGGACACUGGUCCAAGAUGGAGGUCUGACAACGAAAGAAGCUGAAGAAAAACUAAAAGGCACUCUAUCAAGCGAUAAAAAUGAGAUUCUGUUCAGCCAGUUCGGAAUUAAUUACAAUAAAGAGCCCGAAAUAUUCAAAAAAGGGACAGUGAUUGUGCGUGAGUACGAAACCCCCAACACAGACGGCCCAUCUCCCGUCUCCACACCCACCCCAACACAGCCAUCAACUCCCCCAGCACCAUUGACACAGAGACAACUCCAACGACGGCUGAAAAAGAAGUCGAAGGCCACUAUUUCGACCCUGCAUACAGACAUCAUUGGCGACGAUUUCUGGAACAAACGGCCCUAUCUCCUGGAAUAA